UGCAGGGGCUGUGGCAGGGUCGCCCGGAGUCGCGCGCCCCGUGUCCCCACCCCGGCCAAAGGGCGGGGCACCCGGCAGGCAGAGGAUUCCGCCGCUGCUAGUGGGUACGCCCCGCCCCCUCCCGCGCCGGGCCCGCCCCCUCCCGGUCCCCCGCCCAUUCCGAGGUGCAGCCGGCGCUGAGCGCGGCAGGCGCGGGAGCUGGCGCUGGAGCCGGAGCGGCGGCGGCGGCAUUCACGGGGCGGCGGCGGCGGCGCGGGCUCCCGCACGGGCUUGGGCUCCGGCAUGGUGCAAUCCGGCCUCGUCCCGGGAGAGCGGGGCCCGGGUGCGGGGCCGGCGCUAGGGGAGCGGCGGCAGCGACGGUGGCAGUGUUGGCUGCAGGCUCAGGCAGGCGGCAGGUGCUAGAAGCGGAGCUGGGCGAGGUGUGUGCCCGCUGGGCUCCGGGGCCGCCGCCCCCUCACUGCUCCCAUCUUUCCCUCCCUUUGGGCUUUCCAGCGAGUCCAGCCCCCUGUCUCCGCGCCCCGGCCCAUGGCGCCCCGCGGUUGAGCCGGCGCCGCCAGGGACCCCUCCCGCGGGCCUCCCCGGGGCGUGCAGAUCCCGGAGCCUCCCGCCCACCCUCCGCGGAGCCUCCCUUUCCUCCUCGCCCGAGGCGGGCGGGACCAUGGCUGCGAAGCUGCGAGCGCAUCAGGUGGACGUGGACCCGGACUUCGCGCCGCAAAGCCGGCCGCGCUCGUGUACCUGGCCCCUGCCGCAGCCUGACUUGGCCGGCGAAGAAGAUCGAGCGCUGGGUUCAGGGGUGGCUGAGGGCGCCGAGGACUGCGGGCCGGAGCGCCGGGCGACGGCCCCGGCGAUGGCCCCAGCGCCGCCACUGGGAGCGGAGGUCGGACCGCUGCGGAAAGCCAAGAGCUCCCGAAGGAACGCGUGGGGAAACCUGUCCUACGCCGACCUCAUCACCAAAGCCAUCGAGAGCGCCCCGGACAAGCGGCUCACGCUCUCCCAGAUCUACGACUGGAUGGUCCGUUACGUGCCCUACUUCAAGGAUAAAGGCGACAGCAACAGCUCUGCCGGCUGGAAGAUGAGGAAACUAAGGCUAAGAGAAAUAAAGUGGCUUUCCCAGUAUCCCGCUAACUCCAUCCGGCACAACCUGUCGCUCCACACCCGUUUCAUCCGCGUGCAGAAUGAAGGCACAGGCAAGAGCUCAUGGUGGAUGCUGAACCCUGAGGGCGGGAAGACCGGCAAGACCCCGCGGCGCAGGGCCGUGUCCAUGGACAACGGAGCCAAGUUCCUGCGCAUCAAAGGCAAGGCAAGCAAGAAGAAGCAACUACAGGCACCAGAGCGAAGCCCGGACGACAGCCCCCAGGGUGCACCAGCCACGGGGCCUGUGCCUGCCCCGGCCAAGUGGGCCACCAGCCCAGCCUCGCAUGCCAGCGACGACUACGAGGCGUGGGCCGACUUCCGCGGCGGCGGGAGACCCCUGCUCGGGGAAGCGGCCGAAUUGGAGGAUGACGAGGCCCUGGAGGCCCUGGCGCCAUCGUCGCCGCUCAUGUACCCGAGUCCGGCGAGCGCACUGUCACCCGCGCUAGGUGCGCGCUGCCCGGGGGAAAUGCCGCGCCUUGCAGAGCUGGGAGGCCGUAUGGGCUUGCACGGCAGCAGCGCGGGGAUGCCCGAGGCCCUGCUGGACAGCGCGCAGGACGCGUACGGGCCACGGGCCCGCACCGGGACGCCCGCCUACUUCGGGGGCUGCAAGGGCGGUGCCUACGGCGGGGGUGGAGGCUUCGGGCCACCGGUGCUGGGAGCGUUGCGCCGCCUGCCCAUGCAGACCAUUCAGGAGAACAAGCAGGCCAGCUUCGCCCCAGCUGCCCCGUCCUUCCGCCCCGGGGCGCUGCCCGCGCUGCUGCCGCCGCCGCCGCCGCCACCCGCGCCACGCCCCGGCCCGGUGCUGGGUGCGCCCGGGGAGCUGGCGCUGUCGGGCGCGGCUCCCGCCUAUCCCGGCAAGGGCGCGGCCCCGUACGCGCCGCCGGUGCCCUCGCGCAGUGCCUUAGCUCACCCCAUCAGCCUUAUGACGCUGCCCGGCGAGGCGGGCACCGCGGGCUUGGCGCCGCCUGGCCACACGGCCGCCUUCGGGGGCCCGCCGGGUGGCCUCCUACUGGAAGCGCUGCCCGGGCCAUACGCCACGGCCGCCGGGCCAUUGGGCGCCGCGCCAGACCGCUUCCCCGCCGACCUGGACCUCGACAUGUUCAGCGGCAGCCUCGAGUGCGACGUCGAGUCCAUCAUCCUCAACGACUUCAUGGACAGCGACGAAAUGGACUUCAACUUCGACUCCGCACUGCCUCCACCGCCGCCCGGCCUGGCCGGGGCCCCGCCCCCCAACCAGAGCUGGGUACCUGGCUGAGGGGCCGCCUUCUGCGCCCCGGGUGUCUGCCCCGCCCCCGAGGGGCUUUUGUCUUCCCAUCCUGAUCCCCAGGUCCCCACCCCCGUCCCACCUCCGGAGAGGACCCAGGAGGCAGCCCCCGGCCCUGCUAGAGACACCCCUCAGAAGAUGGCUGCUGAGGGAAGUGGUAGGGAGGGGCGGGGGCACCCCACACUCCUGCCCAGACUCCCGGUAGCCGCUCCCCCUACUCCCGGGGCAGGAAGCCGGGGGUGGAGGCUGAGUUCCGGGCUGGGUGGGAGUGGGGAGGGGCGCGGUGGGCUGCGCGGGUCGGGGGAGCCCACCCGGAAACGGGGCGAGGGCAGCUGAGUCCUGCUGUCUCCGAAUCUUCGUUUCCUUUUGAGGGGGGGCCCUCGCGGUGGGGAAUUGCCCACCCCCAGCCCCGAUCUGGUUCCCAAUUGACACUUUUCACUGGUCUUAGCCUCACCCACCGGAAGCCAGCACCCCCUUCCCGAAAACACACUCACACCUGCCUACCUACUGGCUGUGCACCUCCAGCUGUCCUCCUUUAGCCCCAGAACCCUCUGACCCUCCCUCCCUUGUCAGUCCUGGCUUCUCCCCUCCUCCUCCAGAGUCAGUCGCCCUUCCAGAUCCCGCCCUCCGCAGUACAGGUCUCAGCCUCUCCUGUGGGCCCCGGCUCCGGAUCCACCCCUAACGCCCAAACCCCUUUCCCCUUCUCUGUGCCAGUCCUGGCUCCUCUCUCCCGUAUUUAUAAGUGUCGGGUCGGGCUGUGGGCGCGGCGUCCCCGGCGCAUAUCGUAGGCUGUGUACCGUGGCCGUGCCGUCAGCGUGUGCGUGUGUGCCGUGUCGAGGCCGUGUAGAGUGCAUUGUACAGCAUAUUUUCAUGAAUAAAAUUGUUUUAAAUAUUU